AUGGUGGCCUUGGAAGCAUCGGUAUUGGAGCGAGCCAGCGGCGCUCAGCAACUGCUGUUACUGUUGCUGUGCAUCUACGUGACCUGGAAGGUGGCCCGUGCCCGGCAGCGCAGAGCGCUGCAGGCAGCCGACGCCCGCGCUGCGGGCGCGGCCGCGGCUGCCGCCGCGGCCGUGGCCGCCACGAGCGAGUGCUUCACUGCCGAGUGGGUCAACCAUCUGCUGCGUGCCGUGUGGCCCACCAGCCUGGAGCCCAAGAUUGCUGCCAAGCUGCGCACCAGCCUCGAUGCAGCCUUUGCGAAGAUCCUGAAGGAGGGCGGCCACAAGGGCCCUUUGAAGUAUGUUGAGGGCAUCCGCGUGGAGCGCAUCAGCCUGGGCCGCCAGCCGCCGGCGCUGCGAUCUGUGCGCGUGCAGAGCAGCCCAGCCAAAAAUACGCUUCAGCUGGAUUUUGGCAUCGGCUUCGCGCCCGCUGAGGGCUUCAGCGUCGUGCUGGCAGUGCUGGUGCGCCCGGCCAGGAUGCUGCCGGCAAUGACCGCGCAUGUGGAGGUGGCAAACCUGUCGCUGACCGGCCGCUGCCGGCUGGCGCUGACUCUGGCGCCAGAUAAGGCGCCGGGGGUCGAGGGAUUCACAGUGUCAUUCACCCAGGCGCCGGCCAUCGAUUUUGACUUUGUGCCCUUUGGGCUGCCCAUCGGAGAGCUGCCAUACGUCCUUGACUUGCUCAAGGACCAGCUACAAGCGAAGCUGAAUGCCAAGAUGGUGGAGCCGAAUCGCAUGAGCAUCACAGUUGGUCAGAACAGAGCGGCAGAGCAGUCGGGGCAGAUUCCAAAAAGCACUGAGGAGGACUCCUCAGUCCCUUUGCCAACACCAACGGCCAAUGUGGCAGCUGCACCGACAAUUGCAAGACGAAGCUGGGUGGCAUGGCGCCCAUGGGGGGCACAAGAACACGUUGUGGAAAUGAGUGCAGCGGAGGUGGACAUACAGAUUGGUGAAAAGCAGCAGGCAGAUGAGUUCACACCUCUCAGGACAGCGAUGCAGGGAAAGGAUCAUGGCAGGGAGGAUGAAGGGAAACCGCUUGAUCCAAUGCAGGCGUUCACAGUAUUUGACAACGGGGCCUUCAUGGAGAGCUUGCGCCCCUCAGACAGCAAUGAGGGUGACUCAACCUUUAAGCAGAAUGUCCACCAGCAUGUGGUGCGUGUGACGGCAGCAUGCGGUACUGCACCUCCAGACGUUCCACUUGAAGCGGCCCAUGCCAAUGAGGCAACCAUCAAAGCGAUUCAUGGCACUGCUCCGCUGCCAGAAGUAGCGCGAGACAGAACCACAGUUCCCAAUGGACACGGCCCCAGCGCAACAGAAGAAUCUGCCGGUCCAAUGGGAGACCACCGCAGCCAAUCCUUGCAAGGAAUCUCUAUUAAGGAGGCCAGCAUCAUCAUCGUGUCAGAGGACGACUACAUUGUGGCGAGGCAAGAGGAGAGUGAGCCUAUAAGAGGGGAAGGGGAUGCCAGCCUGGCAGCAGUCAAAGCCCUGUCUGAUGCACGAGCCAGCCUGGAGGCCUUGCAGAAGCGGGUGGCGGCUGAGAGGCUGCGAGCUCUGGUGGAAGGGGCGCCGUUCUUAGUGCAUGACGCCUCGGGAGCAAAAGGGCAGUUUUUAUGCUAUAGCCAGUCACAGAAGGCCCUUCUCUGGGCGGAUGACAAAGUUGCCACCGGAGAAGAAGGCACAGCACAAGCGCUGCACCUUGGCGGACACUGUAGAGUGACAGCUGGCACGGCAGAGUUUCCCCAGCAACUUGCUGGAAAAUCGCCCCCAUGGAGGCGCCUGUGGAGGAGCAGCAGUGGAAUCACAGCAAAUCUGCCAAAGGCACCGGCCGAUGAUGCGCGCUCAUUUUCAGUGACAUCCUUGGAGGGCACCGAAAAUUUGCAUGUUGAGCUGCCCAAGCGUGGCAAUGGGCGCUCUAGGAGGGAGUGGAUGGAUGCAAUCUCAGAUGUGAUUGCCUCUGCAGCUACUGCAGGCUGA